AUGUCUGCCAGUCAGCAUUAUGUACAGAUAUUGCCGGAGACGAAUCCUGGACCCGUAUUCUAUAUUGAUCCCAGCAAGACAAUCAGUGCACCAUAUAGCCAAGGUAAUCAGAUUAUAUUUGGAGAAACAGCAGGACAGCAGUGUUUAGCAAUGUGUUUAUGUGCCCUUAUAUACAACAAAAGACAGAACAUAUGCUCACCACAAGACCUGGUUAAUGUAAUGAAUAUUGGUAAUGAAUUAUAUUCAAACUUAUCAUGUUUAGCACGGCAAUCAUUUUUAUUGUUUACAGAGUUGCCUUCACAACUUACAGUAUUUGACACAGAUUAUAUUUUUGAGUACAGUGAGAGCUAUAGUGGUAAUGUAAUUGGAGACUGUUCUAUUGAAGGGUAUCAGUACUGUGUUCCAUUUCACAGAUCAUUUGAAUUGCUCCUGGCUGAAAACUAUUCUGCAUUCAUUUUAACAAUUGACUCCAAUGCUGUUUGCAUAUUUUCCACCACUGAUGGCAAGUAUAUAGUUUUUGACUCUCAUUCAAGAGAUAUUUAUGGCAGAAGUCAUCCACAAGGUGCAUGUGUUCUGUUAGAAGCACCAAAUAUCAACAACGUAAUUCUGUAUUUCCAGUCUUUAUAUGGUGAAAACAGUCAAUUUGAGCUAAGAGGAAUAAAUAUCGAAGAAGUACAAGCCAAUUGUGACCAGAACUUAAACAACAGCAUUAGAAAUUCUGCCCUAUCAGGUAAUGCCUCAGAAGAAUCUAAAAGUACUGAUGUUUCUUGUUUAUGUAGACAAUGCUGUGCGAUUUCAUUAUACUCGAUUUGUUAUUCUGUUAUUAAACCUUGUAAUUACUGGGAUUCAAAUACAGUGGCCGCAGUUGUUUAAUUUGGUACGACCUUGUAUAACAACACUGGGAUAAAUACAUCUCGUGAUAUACCACAAAAAGUUGAAAUAUGUGGAAAUGAAAUACAUGUAAAAUUGCAAGCUAAUAUUCAAGGAGUAGUUUAUGACAAGGCAAAAAUCAAACUACACAUUGAAAGCCUUAUUUGUCAUACUAAUGAAAACACAGGGUUUUUAAUUUGGUUUGGAGAUUAUUGUAUUUCUUGCAUCUUUCAAAAGACAUCCAUUAACAAUAUGUCGUACUCAAUAUUAGCAUAUGAUGAUGAUGAUAGCUCACCUACAUGUACUGCACAUUACAUUAAAAAUAUAAAAGACAAGUAUACUUUAGUUGAUACUAUCUUUAAACUAGUAACCACCAAAAUCGAGGAUGAAAAUGUCAAUUAUGAAAUUCAAUUUUUGUCUUGUGCUUCUGAAUUGAGUAACUGUGAGUCUGUGAAAGAAAAAGGAUUAUGA